GUACGCUACCCAGGGUACAAAACAAAUCGAUCUGCGUCAUUCGAAACGCUCAACUGUUAUUAUUUCUCUUGUGCGUUUGUCUACAAGGACUUAUAUGUGUUUCAAUUAAACUAUUUUUCUGUUAGAAUGAAAUGAAUUAUUUAUUGAUAUAUCGGUAAACACAAAGCUAAUGAAUGUUUUAUUGCACAGCUGGCUUUAUUUAUAAGCAGUGUUUAUGUAAACAUAGACAUGGAUAUUAUAUGAUCUGCAACACUUUGUGUAAUUGGAACGUUAACGCAAUGUAUUUCUAACAUGAUGUGUUGAAAGAAAUAGAAAUGACAGACCAGAACGUUACGUUACGGGUAUUAUACCUGACUAUUGUAAUCAUCGCAUUAUUUGUUACUUUGGGGGUAAUCAGUGCCCUUCAUGAGCAUGGGUUUCAAGAUGUCCAGUACCCGUUCUAUACUUCAAAAACUUAUGACUCCAGACGUCGACGAGAUAUUACGAAUUCCCCGGUAAAAUUAAACGUUACAGGACCGAAACACUACCGUCUACCUAAAGAUGUUAUCUUGGACGGCCUGUCUAAUAUAAAUUUAACAAGGGUAUUUUGGUUUUAUAUAAAUACAGUACAGAUUGGAUGCAAGAACAUAACGAGUUUAUCAUCACAUCACGAUGGGCAAAAGAUAUGCCAGGACAAACUAAAACAUUCUGAAAAUAAUUGUUUAGUAUAUUCCAUUGCGGACAAUUUCAACUUUGAAUUUGAAUCUCAUGUAAAGAAAGAAUAUAAUUGCGAUGUUCAUGCAAUGUUUAGUCCUAGACUUAAACACGAAGACAAAGAUAGCGAGCAGAUAAAUAAAGAUUCGUCACAUGACAACGAUAUCAAAUUCCCAAAAGGUAUAACAAUUCAUCGCCUUGAACUAACAGAAAAAAGUUUUGACAACGAAGAAAAAAAAAGCAAUAAAAUGUUCAUCCUGAUCCGGAAGGUCUUCCCUAAGCCAAACGAAAUUAUAGACAUUUUAAAGAUGGAUCUAGAUGGUGAAGAGUGGAAAAUCAUCCCGAGAUUAAUCGACUCCGGACUAUUAAAGAAAGUUAGACAAUUAUUAAUUGAAAUACAUUUCGGUUGGGGAGAGGUACCAAAGUCGGAGAAUUUAAAAAUGUUUAGACAAUUAUAUGUGGAAGGCUUUAGGCUGCUCUCAUGUAAACAUAAGAUGACUUCAGACUCAAUAGAAAAAUUUCCCAAUUUGACAAUCACUAACGUGAAUGAAUUAACAUUUAUGAAUGCAAGGCUAAGACGCAAAGAUUUUCAAUGGUAAAUUUUUAGAAAUGAAUUUACGUUCAGGCAAGGAUUCUAAACGACGAAUAACUAACGCUCAUAAAUUACCAUAUAGAAAAAACAUUUAAGGCUCAGACGCAAAUAUUUUUACCUGUGAACAAGUUACCUGAAUGAAUUAGCUAAUGUUAAUAAAUUUAGUCUAUCUGAGACGAAAAGAUUUUUAACUAUGAAUAAUGAAAGGGAAUAAAUUUAUGUUUACUCAAGGAUUAUUAACGCCGAACAACUAACGUUCAGGAAAUAUCAUUCAUAAGUUUAAGACUUAGGCGCCAAAAUAACCAUUCCAUCUGCGAACAACUUGAGACGCAAUGAUUUUCAAUAGCAGACAGAAUAUAACUAUGUAUAAUGUUGUCUUAAUCAUAUUUUGGCGUACGAUCUUGUUUAUAAUAUAUGCAUGACGUUAAAGUGCCUUUCAGUUAAACUGUGCCAUAUUGUUAAUGUCUUUCAAAUAAAAGUAAAAACAACA